AUGGAUGAAGAGAGAGAGAGAGAGAGAGAGAGACGUAAAGAAACAGAAAAACGAGGCAGGGCAUGGAUAGAUCAGGAGUCUCAGAUCAGUGCGAUAUUUGCUGAACUCAAUCUGCCUGGAAUCAGUAAGACCGCACUGAAGGCCCGCGAGCGAGAGAUCGGACCAUCUAUUGAAAGAGUGGCCGAAAUCUCGUGCACCACCGCUAUUCAACAGGAGAUGAAGUUGCUUCAAGCAGUUAACAACAUCCCAACCUGGUGUACGUCUCUAAGGGACGAGAAUUACCGACAGGCGCACAUACUGCAGGGUACCGAAUUGAGAAAAGAUUUCCAGAACGUGAUACACGGGUACACAAAUGAGAGUAUGUUGGAAAUUCUAGCCCAUGUGCAAAGUACUAACGCCAACGAGAACAUGAAUCACAUGGUUGCAAGGAAGGCGCCAAAGACUGUCACGUAUUCAGAGUCAGAGAGCCUCGACUUCCGGGUGUCCGCUGCGGUAUUAUACCAGCACUGUAAAGAAGUGACGAGCGUGGCAGCCAGCGAAGCACUUCUUGCCUUCAAACGCUGGCUUGAGGCAUUUGGAAGUCAUAUUUUGCUUGUGGCACACAAUGUCAUGUUUGACGCAAGACUGUUAGUAGCAAAAUAUCAAGAAGAAGGAAUAACUGUCCCAAAAACUAUAGGCUUCGCAGACAGUCUGCGUUUAUUUAGAACAGUUUACCCCGGGAGACAGAAUUACCGCCUGGCAAGUUUAGUUCACGAUAUUGCAGGUGUAGACUUCGGAGCUCAUGAUGUCUCUGAAGACGUGUACGCGCUUUCUUCAAUUCUCCAGUUGCAAACAAACCUAGAUAAACUGUCGAAUUGUGCUACUACUGUGUCAUCCGUGAAAUUCAAACUUCAGGAAUUAAACAACGAAAAAAUAUACAAGGGAUCAUAUACAACUUUUGUUGAGUCAAAAAUAAUAUCAAAAGCACAGGCCACGCGCCUAUCUAGGAGUGGAAUUUCAAUAGAACACUUGAAAAAAGUAUAUUCAAGAUCGGGCCUAGAUGGUAUGCAGGCUGUAUUGAAAGAUCGGGGCGCAGGGAAAUUUUACACAAAAGUGGCAUCAGCGCUUGAUGCAGUUUUUAGCGAGAAUAAAAUUAAUUUAAAUUAG